UGCAUUUUGCAUCCCGGUUGGGAGGAUCGCGGGCCGGGGACGGAGGAGUGUGGUCCCCGGCGGGGCGCCGUAGCGGGCGGGGCGAUGGGCGAGACCAUGUCGAAGAGGCUGAAGCUGCAGCUGGGCGGGGAGGCGGGGGCGGCCGCCGCCAUGGAGGACCGCUCCUUCCCCAACCCCUUCCCCGACUACGAGGCCGCCCACCCCCUCCACGACGCCCCCCAGGACCCCCAGGACCCCCACGACCCCGGCCUCCCCUUCCUCGGCGACCGCAAGAUCAGUCCCACUUUCGCAAGACGAAUCCAGAGUAAAAUCCAGGACCUCCUGCAACAGAUGGAAGAAGGCCUGAAGACAGCAGACCCCCACGACUGUUCUGCAUAUACCGGCUGGACAGGCAUCGCUCUUCUGUACCUUCAGUUGUACCGCGUCACCUCUGACCAGGCCUACCUCCUGCGUUCCCUGGACUAUGUGAAGAGGACGCUCCGGAACCUGAAUGGACGCAGGAUCACUUUCCUGUGUGGGGAUGCUGGGCCCCUGGCCGUCGGGGCCGUAGUCUACCACAAGCUGAAGAGUGACAGCGAGGCCAAGGAGUGCAUCGCCAAGCUUCUGCAGCUUCAGAGAACUAUUGCGAGCACAGACUCAGACCUUCCGGAUGAACUCUUAUACGGCCGAGCCGGUUAUCUAUAUGCCUUAUUGUACCUAAAUACGGAGAUUGGCCCAGACACAGUGCCCCAGUCCACUCUCAGAGAGGUGGUCAGCGCCAUCAUUGAAUCAGGAAAGAAUUUGUCCAGGGAGGAACGCAAAACCGAGCGUUGCCCACUGCUCUAUCAGUGGCACAGGAAGCAGUACGUCGGAGCAGCCCAUGGCAUGGCUGGAAUUUACUACGUUUUAAUGCAGCCAGCAUCAAAUGUGGACCAAGAGACCUUGACGGAGCUGUUGAAACCAAGCAUUGACUACGUGCGGCAUAAAAAAUUCAGAUCUGGGAAUUAUCCAUCUUCUUUAAGCAAUGAGACGGAUAGAUUAGUCCACUGGUGCCACGGAGCUCCAGGAGUCAUUCAUAUGCUCUUGCAAGCAUAUAAGACCUUUAAGGAGGAGAAAUAUUUGAAGGAUGCCAUGGAGUGCAGUGAUGUGAUCUGGCAGCGUGGGUUACUGCGGAAAGGAUACGGAAUCUGCCACGGAACGGCCGGGAACGGAUACUCCUUCUUAUCCCUUUAUCACCUAACUCAGGACAAAAAGUACCUCUACCGAGCUUGCAAGUUUGCCGAAUGGUGUUUAGAUUACGGAGCUCACGGCUGCAGAAUCCCAGACAGGCCAUACUCUCUCUUUGAAGGUAUGGGAGGGACCAUUCACUUUUUAUCCGACGUGCUGGCCCCGGAGACCUCCCGCUUUCCGGCACUCGAACUCGGGCCUUGGGAGAAGGAAGACAAGGAGGAGAAGGACAGCUAAACUGCCCAGCGAGCCUCAAGGGGUGAGACUGCUUAGUGUCUCAGGCAGAACCACUCUGAGUCACAAAGGAGAAGCAAAAACCCAGUUUGACUUCCCCCACAUCUCUCCAAAGGAGCACAAGAUACAGCAUGAGAGAGAAGUCGUCCCAACCACAUUCUGUUUCACCACUGCUGCAAAUCUGAAUUCUUUCGACCCCGUAACUCUCGCUACCUUCAGCUCUUUCCGGUGUUUGCAUGCUUCUCGGUGUUGUCCGUAAAUGUGAUUUCGUUGUUGCAAGCGGAAACUCUUCUUUUUGUCCAAAUCUCGGGCCUGUCCUUGCAUGAGUGUAACUGCAGCAGCCGAGCAUCUGUAAUGUGUCCAGUGGGGACUGGUCCAUAUGAACUACCAAGGGUGCGGCCUGACGCCUUCAUUAAUUUUGGAAAAGACAUUUGUUCGUAGGUUGAUGGUAUUUGUUGUGGAGUUUGCUGAGUGCCCUUUGGGGUAAGCAUAAGUUCCUUGUAGGGUUAAGGGAACAGGGCUUGAAAUUUGAGGGAAGGGGGAAGGAUUCCUUUCAUCAGACGUUUGGGAAAUCCCAGUGUGUAGCGGCUGGAGGGUGGAAUUAUAAGGAAACUAAUGGGGUGAGUUGCAUCCCCUUUCAGAAGGUUUCGGCUGCACUAGAGGGGAAGCAGCAAAGACACUCCUUUCACAGAACCACAGAACUCUACUUUUAUUGUUUCCUGACCGGUAGCAGUAUGCCCGUUCUUUAAGGUGUUGUGAAAAAUGUGACCUUUGUGACCAUUUAUACAAGAGGCCAUACUUGAAUUUAAAAAUCAGCAAUUCAAGAACUAGACCAUUUAUGGACAAUGUCCAAGAGGAACACAACUUGACUAACACAUCCCAAACUUAACAAGCGUAUGGGGAUAGGGCAGUGAAAUUCAGUUCAAGUUGGAGUUGACAGUAUUAAAACCACGGUAGCCGACCGCUAAAGUCUGUUCCCCAGCUUUGUGCAUAUUUGGAAUGAAUAUUCUGCCUAUUUUUGAUAGCUUUCAUUUUCUGAGGCGUCUCCAGUGUCUCUUCACUCUCAUGUGCAUUGAUGGGCACAGCACAUGAUGAAGUUUUCUUUGGUAGUGUAUUUCAGUACUUUGAGAGUGUUUAUACAUUAACUCAGUUGGAUUUGAAAGUUUCCCUUUUUUCUUAAAAAAAAAAAGCAAACACACCAUUCUUUUUGCUGCCAGGGUACCCUCAGAGAGGGGGCACUCUCACACUUUACAAGAUCUGAAGCCCCCAAUCCUGUUUCCCGACCCUGCAGACGUUGAACUUGCCCACGUCUGGAGAGGCCAGAAAGUUUAAAGUUGACUUUCUGCCCCAAGUAAAUUGAGCCCGGCUGAGCCCCACAUCCGCAGGCAGUCCUCCCCAGAGGCCUCGGGGAGGGAGAGUUCAAAUAUAUCGAAUUUACCAUCCACCACCCAUGUCUUCCAACCCUACUUCUUCCUUCCAAAGCCACAGUCCGUCUCCAAAAGCUAUUCUUACCAACGGUAAGAGGUGGAAUUGACAGGCAGUUUUUUUUUUUUAGUGAAGAAGGGGCAGGUUUAGAAUGUGAGCGGGGUGAGCACCGUGGACAGUGUUGCUACCCAAUCACUGGGGUCCCUCGGCCAACUAGAGGUUCACCCAGCGAUUAAACUCUUUUGACUCUGAAUUAACCCUUGGAGGACCCCUUUUCCGUGCAUGUGAAACGUGUUGCUCGACAAUAAUAAUGGCACUCGUUGAUUGUACCUGCAUGAGACAGGAAUCUUUUUUGAAAACAAAAUUCUGCUGGAAAAGCCCUAUUUUGGCCCCAAAUCUUACUAGGGCAAACCUGAAAUCAGGUCAGGUUUCUAGCGAAAUACCAAUCCACUUGUCUCCAACCCCAAUCCCGCCGAUUGCCAGGUAGCGUGGUAGAGUUUUACCCUCAUCCGCUGCUGUCCUGAGGCAUUCCAGGAUCUUCCUCGGAGUCCAGGCGGAUGGAGGUGAAAGAGGCAGUAUAAAGUUCCCUGAAUCUGUGAGCUGAUCAGGAGGCUUGCGUGAGAGACGUAACCCUCAUCUGUUGUCUACACUGACCUCAGUGAUUCUCACUGGAUCUUUUUUACUGCCCUGUGAGCAAAUAUUGUGACUAAUAUCAAGCCCUUCUAAUGCCUCACAGGUCCAAAACCAGUGUUAUUUAGACAUAGUCCACGAAGAUCUUUUUCUGCCAGCCAGGUGUAUCUUGGGAUGACACCACAAUGGAGAGGGUGGUGGGGGGUUGGGAAGUAAUUGUGGAAAUAUUUAAGGGAGCUUGGAGAAAUCAAGCUGUAUGUGA